CUAUAGGAACCUAUGUAGUGGAUUAAGUAUUGAUAUAUUGUUGUUGUUGCUUUUAUGUUAACUCUACGAGGUUGAGUUUCAAAUUUCAUGAUUCCAUGCCAUGUCUUGUCUUUUUGUCAUCUGUAACCAUCAGCAACAAUCAGCUAACCAGACAUUAAUUGCAUAUCAGUGAACUUCAGAAAACAUUGUCAAUGCAAUACAUCUUGAGAGAGAAAAAUUGGAUGAUUUGCUUGGAGGAUUGAUGUAGUGAGGCCGCUUGCAAUGAUAUUGUUGUUGUCAAGAUACAACAAUAGAUUUGUAAGGUGGGAAAAAAUACUCUUUAUGUUCUUCGGCAAGGAUGAUUAGGAGAUUCAAAAUAAUGAGGAGGCCCAAAAUGAUCAUGUGGCCUUGAGGGAUGAUGACAUGCUAAUGCUGGUGAGCGGCUGCCUGCUUAUUGAUGACCGGGAGCCCUCAAAUAACCGAGUGACCUUGGAGAACUGGGUGCCCCUGAGAACCGAGUGGUCUCCAAGAACCGAGUGCCCUCUCUUGAACCGAGAGAUCUGCCAAAACCAACAAACAGUGAGAGGUGCAAGGGACUCUUCUUGCACGAACCCUUCAAUGCUUAAGUCAAUCUUCCAGUGCUUGAGCGCAAAAGUAGAAUUCCAGUAUCAGAGUGUGCGUACUUGAAUGAGGAGGCGAGCCUCCUAUUUAUAGAGGAGUAUGAAGUAAUUUUAAUUAAAUCGAGAUUAGGAUUCUUUGUAGAUAGCGCUUAUCUUAAUUAUCCUUAGUUUGCCUGGGACUAGGAUUGCUAUGGACGACAUCUAUCUCUUACGGAUGAUGCUUAUCGCGAAAUUUCUCAUGGAGGUAUUUAUCUCAAUUGUUUCAAAGUCCGUGUAAAAUUAGAAUUCUUUUAUGGACAAUCAACUAUUUUCUCGAAAUACUCGGCUCGAGGAACACCCCGGGAGGGUCCAUUGGCUUCAAGGGAGGCUCCCGAGGGUUGGAAAGCAUUUAUGGCUGUGAGGCCACUUAGAACCGGCUGAGAGGCCUCUCGGUUUUAGUUGAGUGGUGGCUAAUGCUUUUGAAACCGAGUGGUGGCCAACUUUUUGCAUUUGCCUUUACUUGUGUGCUCACAUUGCCACUGCUUGCACUUCAAUUAAUUAAUUGGUCUCUACAACUUUAAUUGUCAAUUGAUCUCUAAGCUCUGCAAGUUCAAUUAUUUAAUUGUUUAAUUGCUGCUCCUCCAAUUGUUCAAUUGCCAAGGUUCAAGUUCCUCACAUUAUUUAAAUUGAUUUAAUCUUCAAGUGAAAACUUUAUAUUUUAAUGUUGUUGGUCGAGUGGCCACUCGGUUAUAGCCAAGUGGUGGCCACUUGGCUAAGUUAAUGGGCUACAGCUUGCUUCCGUGCGCCUUCUGCUUCCUCCAAUUCCUCCCCCUUAAUUCCAAUUAUUCACUUGCUGCUUCCCAUCUUCUCCAAUUCAAAUAAUAUUAUAUUAUAUAUGUGCAUGGCUUCACUUCCAUUGCCCAGCUUCUUAUUUUAAUUGCUUGCUUGGCCCAAUGGCCACUCGGUUCUGGCCUUGGAAUAUUUAAUCUCCAACUUCAUAUUGUUUAAUUGUUGUGCGGCUUCUUCGUUCUUCCUCUUAUUGCAGCAUUGCUUCAUUUUAUUAAAGUAAUUCUCCAAUCCUUCCUUGUAGCUUUCCCGAUUAAUUUAGUUUUUUGUUCUUGGUUCGUGGACUUCAGCUCAUCUAGACAUGCACUUGACCCGGGUGCCGGCUCAUAUAUUUUGAAUCGGAUCUACCACUUGGGUCUACUCUAUAUCUGAACUGUCUUCUGAUUGCAGGGCAUAUCAGAUAUAAUUUUGGCCUGGCACCUCCUAAUUUUCAUAAUGGAAUCAUCAUUGUUGAUGAGUAAUCUGGCUGCAAUUUGGAUUGACCCAAGGAGACUAGUGUUUUGAGUUGACUGGAUUUUAAGGAAGGUAUUGUUAUUGUAGAAGAUAAAGAAGAAUUCAAAAGAGGACUAUCAUGAAGACUCCUAAAUUAUAGGAGAUAAGAUUUAUAAAGAUAAGAUUAUCUAGUUCUAAUUAUUCUCCUAAAUUUUAGAGAUAGAUUAUUUGUAUUUUAGAUAACAUAAAUAUCUUGUCAAGUAGAUUAGAUUAGACUCCUACAUUAUGUAGAUGUCUUGUGUAUAUAUUGAUAUCAUAUCUAAGGGAAAUAACAACGAUUUUAUUCUCUCUAGGAUUAAUUUUCUGCAUGGUAUCAGAGCAGAAUUUUCUUCUCUUUUUUCCCUGUUAGUCCUAGCCAAUUUCCGCCGAUUCACUAAGGUGUUUAUGUCCGAUUUGUUCCCUUUCAUAGCCGCUGGACUUGAUCAACUUGUGUCAUGGUCGGAGUGAGCAGCCAACCCUCUGAGAUUGUCCCUUUCCAAACCACCAAUUCUGUGAACAUGGACAACAACAGUCCAUUCACAAUCACCGGUCAUAAACUAAAUGGCCAGAAUUUCAUUCAGUGGUCACAAUCCGUUAUGAUGUUCAUAUGUGGAAAAGGGAAGGAUGAUUACCAAACUGGAGCAGUCAGCAAACCGAAAGAGGAUGCAGCACAGUAUCGGAUCUGGAAGGCUGAAAACAACAUGGUGAUGUCUUGGUUGAUUAACUCGAUGAACAAUGAGAUAGGUGAGAAUUUCUUGUUAUACAAUACAACCCAAGAAAUUUGGGAGGCUGUUAAAGAAGCCUACUCCCACGUUGAGAAUACUUCCGAGUUGUUUGAGAUAGAAAGUGUUCUCAAUGACUUACGACAAGGUGAGUCCCAAGUCACUCAAUAUUUCAAUUCUUUGAAUAAGUUUUGGCUUCAAUUGGAUAAGUGUGAUACUAUCCAAUGGAAGUGCACUGAAGAUUCUGCCAAAUACAAAGAAAUAGUGGAGAAGAAGCGGCUGUAUAAGUUCUUGAUUGGUUUAAAUAAAAACCUAGAUGGUGUGAGAGGUAGGAUUCUUGGCACAAAACCUCUACCAAGCCUCAGGGAGGCGUUUGCUGAGGUUCGCAGAGAAGAAAGUAGGCUGAAACUAAUGUUAAAGCCCUCAAAUUCAGGGCUGGAACAUUCUGCACUAUUUACCCGAGGAGGCAGCCUAUCAAAUCCCAAGCAGAAGAAGGGUCGUCCUUGGUGUGAUCAUUGCCACAAACCUGGUCACACAAAGGAUACAUGCUGGGAUAUCCAUGGCAAGCCCCUGGAUUGGAAACCAGCACAUGAAAGGAAGAGUAAUGGUAAUUUUACAGCAACCGAAGAGACAACUUCGGCCUCAAACUCUAGCUUAUUUAGCAAAGAGCAGAUGGAGUGGCUGCAGCAUAAUUUUGGGAAAACCCAGCUGCAGGGUUCUACGGUGGCAGCAGGUUCUAUAGCCCACAAAGGAUCGGAUUUCGGGGAAGAUGAUUGGCAGUGCUGAGGCAUGUUCGGGACUCUACAUUCUUCAAGGGACAGACUCCAGAAAAACUGAAGUAAAAUCCAGCUAUUGUCAUUCCACUUCACCUCCUUGUUUGUCUAGUUUUCAUUCCAAUAAUAGUGCAAUUAUGUUGUGGCACUAUAGAUUAGGACAUCCAAACUUUGCUUAUCUUCAGAAAUUGUUUCCUUCUUUGUUCAAGAAUUCAGAUUUACACAUAUUUCAAUGUGAAAUUUGUCAAUAUUCCAAGCAUGUUCAUAAUCAUUAUCCUAGUCUCAAGUAUACUCCAUCCUAUCCGUUUUCUUUGAUUCAUAGUGAUGUGUGGGGGCCUUCUAGAGUCAAAAAUGUUACCGGGGCUCAUUGGUUUAUUUCUUUCAUUGAUGACCAUACCCGUCUUACUUGGGUCUUUCUCAUGAAAGAGAAAUCUGAAACUGACCACAUUUUUCAAACCUUCCAUACCAUGGUGAAAAGACAAUUCAAUGCUAACAUUCAAAUUCUUAGAAUAGAUAAUGCUAAAGAAUAUUUCAAUUCAAUUCUAGGCACUUAUUUGUCCCAACAAGGCAUCAUUCAUCAAAGUUCUUGUGUUGAUACACCCCAACAAAACGGGAUUGCAGAACGCAAGAAUAGACACCUAUUGGAAGUGGCCCGAUCCUUAUUAUUUUCUGCUCAUACUCCUAAACAUUUUUGGGGUGAAGCUAUUCUUACGGCUACCUAUCUUAUCAAUAGAAUGCCCUCACGCAUCCUCAAAUUUCAAACUCCUAGUCAGCUUCUUCUUGCCUCUUUUCCUCACACCCAGGUGCGUUCUCACCUUCCUCUCAAGAUUUUUGGCUGCACUUCAUUUGUUCACAUUCACUCUCAAUUUCGGAGUAAACUUUACCCAAAAUCCAUCAAAUGUAUAUUCCUUGGCUAUUCUCCACACCAACGAGAUUACAAAUGUUAUUCUCCCAGCCUUAAGCGAUUUUUCACAUCCAUGGAUGUAACCUUUUUUGAAACACAACCUUAUUAUCCCAAAACCAAUAUUCAGGGGGAGAAUAUUCCAAAUCCUCAAGAAUAUCAGUUUUGGGAUUCUUUUUGGGAUCCUCAGCCUAACCACCAGCAACCAGAACUUGGAAUUUCUCUAUCUAACCAACAACAACAGCCUGAAAAUCAGCCACUGCUACCUGUAAACCCUAUAAAUCCAUCUCCCUCUCCUCAUGAACUUCAAGUUUAUUCUAGGAAAAGGUCUAAACAGAAAGAAUGUGGGGAACCAACAUGUCCUGAGGCUGACAAAAAUUCUGAUCUGGAACUGGAACUGUUGGAAAAGGGGAAGACUAUGCCUGCUGGACAAAAUUCUGAAAUUUCAGAAAAUUCAGCCUUGGAUGAGGAUUUACAUUGGCCUAUAGCAUUGAGAAAGGGAGUACGAUCAUGCACUCAACACCCCAUUCACAACUACAUUUCCUACAAAGGUCUCUCACCUAAUUUCAGUGUUUUUAUAUCAAAUAUCAGUAAGGUGCAGGUUCCUAGAACAGUUCAGGAGGCUUUUCAACAUCCUAAGUGGAAGGAGGCAGUUCUUGAGGAAAUGAAGGCUUUGAAGAGAAAUGGGACUUGGGUAAUUACUGAAUUACCUCUUGGAAAACAUCUUGUAGGUUGCAAGUGGGUAUUUACAAUUAAAUACCAAGAAAAUGGAGAAAUUGAUAGGUAUAAAGCUCGUCUAGUGGUAAAAGGGUUCACUCAAUCUUAUGGUAUAGAUUACCAAGAGACUUUUGCUCCAGUAGCAAAAUUGAAUACAAUCAGAGUCUUACUAUCCCUAGCUGUAAACUUGGAUUGGCCACUCUACCAAUUGGAUGUGAAGAAUGCUUUCUUAAAUGGAGACCUCGAAGAAGAGGUAUAUAUGGAAAUCUCUCAUGGAUUUGAAACUAAUCUCACAAGGAACAAGGUAUGCAAAUUAAAGAAAUCACUGUAUGGGUUCAAAUAGUCUCCUAGAGCCUGGUUCGAGAAAUUUACAAAGGCAGUCAAGAAACAUGGAUAUGUUCAAUGUCAGGUAGACCACACCUUAUUCAUCAAAAACUCCUUGGGAGGUAAAAUAUCCAUACUUAUUGUAUAUGUUGAUGAUGUAAUUGUUACGGGAGACAAUAUCUCUGAAAUCAGGAAGCUUAAGGAAGUGUUGGCAAAAGAAUUUGAAAUCAAAAAUCUUGGAAGCCUAAGGUAUUUCUUAGGUAUGGAAGUUGCAAGGUCCAAAGAAGGAAUAUUAGUUUCUCAACGAAAGUAUAUCCUAUAUCUCCUCACUGAAACAGGAAUGUUGGGAUGCAAACCAGCUGAUACACCAAUGGAAACCACUUUAAAGUUGGACGUGGGCAAAGAAAGUGCUUCAGUGGACAAAGGAAUAUAUCAAAGAUUAGUGAGAAAGCUUAUAUACUUGUCUCAUACAAGACCAGAUAUAGGUUUUCCCGUGAGUGUGGUAAGCCAAUUCAUGAAUGAUCCUAGAGAAGGGCAUUUGGAAGCUGUAUAUCGGAUUCUGAGAUAUCUUAAGAUGACACCAGGCAAAGGGCUAAUGUUCAGGAAAACUACUAAUCGAGGGGUGAAGAUUUACAGUGAUGUUGAUUGGGCAGGAUCAAUUUGUGAUAGAAGAUCAACCUGCGGAUAUUGCUCAUUUGUUUGGGAAAAUUUAGUUACUUGGCGCAGCAAGAAGCAAUCUGUGGUAUCUAGGAGCAGAGCAGAGGCUGAAUUUAGGGCUAUGGCCCAUGGGUUCUGUGAGGGUAUAGAGCUAAAACGAUUGCUACAAGAGUUACAUGUAUCCAUGGCAUAACCAAUACAAGUAUUAUGUGACAACCAAUCGGCUAUUAGUAUUGCCAAAAACCCAGUCCACCAUGACCGAACAAAACAUGUCGAAAUUGACAGGCACUUUAUUAAAGAGAAGUUAGAAGGAGGAGUUUUUCAACUGAACUAUACUUCCACAAAUAGCCAAGUUGCAGAUAUUCUAACUAAGCCACUACCAAGAAGAGUGUUUGAUGAGCUAAGUACCAAGCUUGGCCUGAAUAAUAUAUUCAGCCUAGCUUGAGGGGGAGUGUAGAAGAUAAAGAAGAAUUCAAAAGAGGACUAUCAUGAAGACUCCUAAAUUAUAGGAGAUAAGAUUUAUAAAGAUAAGAUUAUCUAGUUCUAAUUAUUCUCCUAAAUUUUAGAGAUAGAUUAUUUGUAUUUUAGAUAACAUAAAUAUCUUGUAAAGUAGAUUAGAUUAGACUCCUACAUUAUGUAGAUGUCUUGUGUAUAUAUUGAUAUCAUAUCUAAGGGAAAUAACAACGAUUUUAUUCUCUCUAGGAUUAAUUUUCUGCAGUUAUAUUAUUGUCAAGACCUCGGGUGUAGGCUUACAGGAGGGCAAAGAUUGUAGCAGAUUACUUCUCAGGAGCAAAGCGGUUAGCUUUGUUAUAACUGAAGUAGUUAGCAGUUAUAUUUGUUAUAACUGAAAAACCUGCACAUAAGAAAUUUGAAAUUCCUCUCUCUCUCUCUUCAAUUCUCUCUGUUUCUCCCUAAUUUCUCUCUGUUCUUUCUCCCUCUUCUUUCUCUUUUCUUCUUUCGUUCUCUAUUAUGUUCUUAAUCAAACCCUAGGUCAGGACAGGUUCCUGACAAUUAUUAGGAAAACCAAGUAUUGAUGGCUGGAAGUAUUUGGAGCACCUUUAAUAGCAAGAAAUUUGCAUUUUAUCUAAAAGUAGGAUGACUUUGUGGAGUCGUAUUUGGUUGGGGAAGGAAGAAUAUUAUCCCUCCCCUUUAUUUGAAUUUAGAGAAGAUUGAAUUGUUUGGCAAUUUAAUCAAAACAUUGAUUUUCCAUAAUGGAAAUUUUGAAUUUAUCACAAAAGGCCUUGUUCAGUACACAUCCUUGCAUUAAGUCUUAUGUUAAGAAAAUCUUCUCUUCAUCUUUAAUCUCUUCAAUUUCAUAAUUAAUUGCCAAUUGAGUUGUUUUUAGUAGGGUGAAAGCCUUUCUUGUAGAAAUUUUUUAACAUCGUCCCUCAGAACAUCUAUGGUUGCUUUGCACUUGAUGCUUCAUAAGAACUUAUUACUUUGAGUAAAUUGCAAAGUACACCCUUGAGGUUUGACAUGGCAAAGUUGCAAGAAACCCCUUCACAUUUGAGAAAUAACAAUAACUACCCCUGCUGUUAAAUAAAGGGGUAAAAUGAUCAAUUUACCCUUCAUUCUCUCUCCUCUCUCUUCUAAUUGAAAAAUAAAAAAUAAAAAAAAAUAAAAAUAAACCAACACCAGCAUGGAAUGUGUGAUGAACCCAAUUUUGAAAUGCUUUAUAUAAAGGUGAGGUUUAGCAACAAAGUCAACAAUUGACAACAUCUCUUUAUGAUAAUAAAAUGAUUUAUUGGAAUGCUUUAGGCAUUACAAACGAAUAUGGAACUUGUUUUUCCAUGGCAUCACUGGGAUUUCAGUUAAGAAUUUCUCCAAAGAUAUGUUGGAACAGUUUCUUAUUAAAAAUUGAAGCUAUAAGCUAAAAGAAAGAUUUCUAUUUCACCAUAAAUGAAACAACAUGACUCUUCUCUUCUUAUAGAGGGAGGAUACAACAAAAUAAAAUAUUUUAAUUUAAAAUUAUAAUCAAUCAGUCAAAGAUUUAGGCCACUAAUCAAGGGAUUGGAGCCAAUCCCCACUAAUCAAGGGAUUUGUCUCUUUUCCAUUUCAACAAUGCCUAUCAAGCUAGCUUGAAGAUAUCUUCCAUGACAAGCUUGCUCACUAUAUUUUCAAAUUGUUCCUUAUGUAACCCUGUUGUGAGGAUAUCGGCAACUUGAUCAAUUAUUGGAAUGUAAAGCAUACAAAUUACCUCAUUGUCAAGUUUCUCCUUGAUAAAAUGUUCAUCCACCUCUACGUGUUUCGUUCUGUCAUGGAAAACCGGAUUAUGAGCAAUGGAGAUUACAACUUUGUUGUCACAGUAAACCUUUACCGAUAAGGAAAUAGAAGUCCUCUAGUAAUCUUUUUUAUCCACAUAUCCUCACAAAUCCCGUGGGCUACUGAACGGAGUUCAGCUCCAGCACUACUUCUGGCUAGUACAUUUUGUCUCUUGCUCCUUCAAGUAAUAAGAUUACCUCUCACGAAGGUGCAAUAGCCCGAAGUAGAUCUUCUAUCUAUAAUGUUGCCUGCUCAAUCUGCGUCGGUAUAGUCUGCUAUGUGUAGGUGUCAUUGUUUUCUGAAGAGCAAUCAUUUUUCAAGUGUUCCUUUUAGAUACCUUAGGAUUAUGUAAGCAGCUUCCAAAUGCUUUGAACUUGGCGAAUG